AAAGAGAUGCAUUUGACGAUCCAGUCAACCAAAGGUUGCCGGCGACGAGAUCACGCAGCAGCAGCAGCACUAUCACAGCCAAGCCGGGCCAAGUCCAAAUGGUACCGUGAUUUCGACAUGAUUCUCGCUUCCUCACCGCUCGAGCCGAGGCGGCGGUCGACCCCGCGGAUUCGCAGCGUAGCCACAGAUGUAUGUAAAUGUCUAAGGGCCGCCCCUCAACUACUCUGAACCGCCACGCGGCUGAGACCCUGGUCGGUUCCCCCCAGCACAUCAUAUCCGCAAGUCAACCCGGUGGUCAUCGCCGUCUCAAACGGGAACACGGCUGUCUGCUUCUUUUGCCGCAGGGCCACCGCCAGGUUGGCCAUUGAGCCGCAAUGUGCACCUACGACUACACGCCUUACACUGGCUGCGAGGACGGCCCGCAGCAUUAUUACAUCCAGUGGGUGAAGUGCGAUAUCGCCGUCGAGAGGGGGAGGUAUUGUUCGCUGGAUGCUUCACAGAAGGUCGAGCAGCUCAGGAAGCUGUCCGUCAACGUCCUCUCCUGCCCGCUCCACGGACCCAUUGCCGUUCAGCAGUUUGUGCUCGAAGCGGCAAAUGCACGGCUGCCCGAGAAAGAGCGCGAGAGAUCCCGGGCACGAAGCAACGCUCGUCGAGGCCCAGUGUCAAGAGGAAGGACCCCUAGGAGAGACCCCCCUGAUACGGGAGCCGGGGAACCGGUGCGGAGACAGGUUCGCAAGCGAAGAUCAAGACGCGAGAUAGCCGUGGGGUCCCCCGAUUCCGAGUUAUCCGACGCGUCGUCGUCGUCCCGGCGCAGGGUCGAUGGCUGGGCGACGAGGAGAGGCCACCAGGAUGCCGCUCACGAGAGGCGAACGACCCGAGAUGCCCAGCCGCAUGGACAUAGGAGAUCAGCAUCCGCCGAUGCCGGCGUCGCAAUCCCGAGUCAUCCACCUCCGCCCCUGUCGAUGCGACACGGCCAGAGCGAAGUGUCGCUGCCCCUCAAGACAGGAUUCGGCGCGGAAGGGAAGGAAGAUGACCAAGGCUCCACUACCGGGCGCCGACAGUCACGCCCUAGGAACUCGCUGGACACCGGGCGUGCCGCUCUUGGCAUUGUAGGGCUGCCCUCAAGCCCGGACAUGCACCGUCGGGGCAGCAUUGAUCGAGCUAAGAGCGAAUUGGGGCUGAAACCGGGAGUCGAGAGCGCGCCGGAGCCCAUGCCGGCAUCGAAAAGCGCCGUAUCCCCCGCCAGCGACAGCUCCCCGGACCAGAACCCGGACCUUCCUUUCAGCACCCCAGGACGCUUGGGCCGCAGGACGGGAACGCGCUCCAUCCGCGAUCGGAGCGUAGACACCACGAUGCGGCGGAUCGAUGAAGACGUUGCUCAGGACGAGAACACCGGGGCGACACAGGAUACGGCUGCUUCGACUACCCGGAGCUUGUUAUCCACCACAGGCUCCUCAGCGCCGCAACAACAAGGCCAAGACGCCCAUUCCCACAGGCGAUCCAACUCCCGACCCCGCCUCAACAGCCUCCAGAUCCCUCCAGUCCCCCAGCGGCAGAGUACCAGCAAUAAGUGCCAACAGGAGGCCUACUCGGCGCCCACGGCCAUCCCUCCCGAAACGGACUUCAACCUCCCCAUCCCGACAACCCGCCAACGCCGCGCCGGGUCACUCCGCCACAUCGACCUUCCGUCACCCACUACCACUACCAACAUCCAACAGCACUCCCCACCAACCCCUCGCUUGACCGGCGGCGACGGGGGCGCGGGUGCAGAGACGGCCUCGAUCCGCAGCGCGCGCUCGUCCCGGCGGUGCCUAGAGGACCAGGUGGCCGAGGCCCGCAAGUGGGCCGCAGCGCGCGAGCACCUGCCCGCGCCCGCGUCGCUGGCCGCCCGGCCGUCCAUGUCCGAGAUGAACCUGCCGCUACCCCCGUCCGGUCCGGCGGGUCCAGCGGGAGAGAGGGACAGGGAGAGGGGUUCCGUGGAUAGUGGUUACCUGAGCGGCGGGGGUCACCAGCACCAGGCCCAAGCCCAACCCCAGCCCCAGCACCCGCGCCCGCACCAGAAGCUUCAACACUCGCCGCAUUAUAUCCCUCCGGAGCAGCUGUGGAAUCGGGGGGAUGUGGCCAGGGCGACGGCAGCGGCGUCGGCGGGGGGUGCUAGCGGUGUCAGCCCCACGGAGGCCUCCUCGUCUCGCGGCGGCGGCGGCAAGUUGCAAAAGGCGCCGCCGCCGCUGCCACAACCAGGUCAGGGACAACAACAACAACAGCAGCUGCAGCAGCAGAGUGUGCAAGGACAAUGGCAAGGACUGGGGCUGGGGUUGGUUCAAGGAGCAGGAGGAGGACCGCAGCAACAACAACAACAACAGCAGCAGCAGCAUACACGGCCGGUCCCGGCGCCGCUGAAUCUGGCGAACAGCGGCAGCGGCACCGGGAUGCCGGCGUCGUUGGCGUCACCGGGCCUCCGGUCGGAUACGAGUGUGGAUGGCGGUGGUUCUAUUGGCAAGGGCGCCAAAGCGACGCUGCUGCAGCGGAUGGGGCUGAGGAAGAAGUUUAGCGGUCUGAUAUCGCGGGACCGGGAGCGUGCUGGGCAGAGGAGCGAGGUCGGGGUGGAAAGCUAGUGUGACGUGCGGAGGAGAAUAAGGCGGGGAGGUGGGGGGGGGGAAGAAAGGAGCAGAGUUUUUGAUUCGGUUUCAUGAUGGUUGGUGUAAAGAUACCCUGUAUAAUUUCUUUUUUUUUCUUCUUUCUUGAAAGAACGAAGAGAAGGGCUGUGGCCGUGCUGCAACGAGUGGCAUCCGGGAAACACGCGAGUGUUCUUCUUGUGGCAACAACACGAUGAUGAGUGACGACAACUAGCAAUCCCCUCGCUAUUAAUUGAACUUUGCAUUUUUUUUCUCUCUGAAGUAUAUAAUUAUAGCAGUAGUCAGAGACAACCACGAAUUGUCUCUUCCAAUAUUUACGCACGAGGGAUUCGCGCAGGCCGCUUCGCGG